CUGCCUAGGUUACAGGAGUGGGGACAGGUCGAAAGGGACUUCAAUCUGAAUAUAAACUUUUUGUUGUUUGGUUCACAUCUGCAGACAGGCUGAUGGAUGGUAGUAGGGUCCAGCUAUGGGCGAAAACCGAUCCUUUUCUGUUGGGCGCGUUGCAGAUGCCUCCCCCUGCUAAGUUCAGCAUGCAUUAUUUGCGGAAAAUGGCUUCAUACGUGAGAACCCGUGCCACUGAAGGCUGCUAUCCAAGGCUCUAUUGGGCCAUGUGGCGGCACAUCGCCUGUGGCAAACUGCAGAUUGUGGAGGAGACAGCCUGGCUUUACUUUGAAACGUUUCUCAGCGUUUUUGAGCGCAGUGUCGCUCAGAGCCUGGAUUGGGCUGAAGUUGCUUCUACUUGUCCAUCGUCAGAGAAGUAUGAGGAGAUAAAGAGUCAGCUUUCUGUGGAUACCCUGAAGUUCAUCCUUUUCCUCUACAUUCAGCAAAUAAAUAAAAUUUCUUUGCGGGCACCUAUGAUUGAGAGUGAGUGGCCCAGUCCAAGAAGCAGAUCUCCUACUCCUGAUUUUGUUGCACAGUCAAGCAUCUAUAAUAAGGUCUGGGAUGAUUAUAGUCAUUAUAACUUCAUACACAAUCAUUUAACGUAUAUCCUGGAGUUGUUGAUGGAACCUAAACAGCUCUCUAUAGUAACCCAAUCCUCUCACUGCAUCCUGAUAUCCGCUGAAGUUGUUAAUGCCCUUGGAUUUCUAAUUGAGGGAACAGUGGACAAGAACAGGGCAGUUAAUCAUUUUUUGGAUUUGGCUGUGUGGCAGCCUGUGCAAAUCAAAAGUGGCUUCAUUGAAACCUCAGGUGCAUUUUCCUUUCAAAAGUUACAAGCAUGGAUUAAGGAAUGCCUUGUAAUUAACCCAUUUGGAAUAACAGCAUGUAUCAAAUCAGGAACAAAGUUGUCAUGGGCUCAGCAAGUUGAUGGAUUAAACAAAAGAGCAAAAGUUGCGUGCAACACGUACAAGGUUCCGCAUACUCAUCGCAUGGUGGUUAUGAGCCAGAUCUCUAAGCAGACUUUGGCUAAGAGCUCCAAAACUCUGGUUGAUGCGCGAGUUAAAAUUCACCGCUGCAGUGAUUGCUAUAUAUAUCUUUUAUCUCCAUUAAGAUCUGUGACUGUUGAGAAAUGCCAAAAUUGCACAAUCAUCCUUGGGCCUGUGCAGACUGUUCUUCAUAUUCAGAUGUGUUACAAUGUAAAGAUCAUUGCUGUUUGUCAACGUUUGUCUCUUUUAUCUACAACCAACUGUACUUUUCAUAUUCUGACUCCUACCAGACCUCUUUUUUAUUGUGGGAAUCAAGGUGCUGUACUUGCUCCUUUUCAUAUUCGGUAUUCAAUGCUAGAAGAUCACAUGGCACAGACCGGACUAGCUACGGUACCAAACUCGUGGGAUAGACCUUUCCUUUUUUCUACAGAGAGCAAUAAUUCCAAUAUUUGGAGACUUAUGCCACCUGAAGAUUUUUUUACUUUUGUUGUACCUUUUGAAAUGGAAGGCGACACAACUGAAAUUCCUGGAGGCCUUCCUCCAGCCUACUCAAAUUCUGUGCAGCAAAGACAACAAAAGAUACACACAUGGCAGAAAACAGUCAAAGAUGCUGGUUUAACAAGGGAGCAGAGAAAACAGUUUCAAGCAGUCGUGGAAAUGAAAUUUAACGAAUGGCUUUCAAAGACAGAAAAUAGACACCAGUUGGACAGCCUUGUUUCCUGAUCCGAUAUUUGAAAAGCUGUCUAGUUAGCAGAAAAAAUAUAAUUAUUAUUUAAACCUGAAAGUAUAUUGUACAUUUUACCAAAUAAAUCUAUACAUUUCUAAUUAAAAUGUCAAAAUAUGUAAACCUUUUGCAUUAAAGGAAAUUUGUGAUCUUA